AUGGUCACAAUUGCCAAACACGCGGCAUCCGUGCUUGUUUACCUGCUCGUCACCCUCCAGCUGGCACUGCUGUGUAGCCAAAAGGCAGCAUCUGCCGUUACCCACGCCAUAGCGGCAACUUCCGAUGCCCCAAUGGCGCUCGAAAAGGCCGAUUUUGACAAGCGCGCUGUGGUUGAUGUCAACAUUGUAACCCCGGCAUUCCUCAUACAAAUGCCGUUCUCGGUCGGCACUGGGCCUAGCUCGGUAUCAGGCACAAUCUUCAUCUACUAUCAGGCUACUCGCUCGGUCAAGGCUGUCGGCGGGCCUGGCCAGUUUUAUACGGCACGUAUUUCAAUUACCACAUUCCUGUUUGUAUUUGAGUAUCAGAGUAGCGUUGUACUCCCCGGACACUCCAAUUUACAUUAUUCCAAGGACACACUGUAUUUGCAGCAGGCACCAUAA